CACAAGGAGGGAAAAUGGAAAAUCCUCCCGCCUUCCCUUUAAAAUCCUUAUAAACAUCAAAAACCUCCCGAGAAGACAGAGUUCUUGAAACCCUAAUGGAAUCUAAGAGAAAUGAAGCUUCCAAUCUACACUCAAAGCGAAAAAAAACCCGUUACUCUGCUCAAUUGCCUUCCUGUUCAGUUAAAGAUUCAAUCUUUAACAGAAUCCCUGUUCUGCCAGAAGAGGUCGUCACUCAAAUCCUGUUACGGCUUCCGGUGAAAUCCCUUUUGAAAUUCAGGUUUAUGCUGACUAUUUCUCUACCUAAGUAUAAUCUUACGGACUGUUCUGCUAGUUCUUUGCUUUAUGACUGUGCUGCUGAGGCAUUGGAUUUGGAGUAUCCUACAAAAGAAAUCCGUAGAUCUGUUGAGGUUGUGGGUUCAGUCCAUGGGUUAAUAUGUCUUGUCAUUGCGAAAAAAUACUUUUUAAUCUGGAAUCCAUCCAUUAGGAAAUUCAAGAAAUUGCCUGAAUGUAGAGAUGAAUUUUGCUUUGGUCACCAUUUCUUGUAUGGUUUUGGAUAUGAUGAGGUUCAUGGGGAUUAUAAGGUAGUGGCAGGGUUUAAUAAUGAGGGUUACAGCUAUUCAUUUCUUGUUUAAGGUUAAAAUGUAUAGUCUGAAUAGUGAUUCUUGGACAAGUUUAGAGGAUUUUGAUAGUGGGGUGCUAGGAACUGAGUCGGGUGUGUUUGUGAAUGGGAAACUUCAUUGGGCUAAUAGUGCUUAUCGUCGGUCUGG